UCUCUGACUAGACUCUUCUCCUCUGUCGCCCCCCGGUGGUGGAAUGAACUUCCAAACUCCAUGUGAUCUGCAGAGUCCCUCUGCACCUUUAAGAAAAAGCUAAAGACCCAGCUCUUUCAUGAAUACCUACUAACUUAAUGAUGAUGGUCUCCAUAUUAUUGAUGAUGAUGAUGGUAAUGACGAUGGUUUUUGUUUGAUAACGACGACUUAUAAGAUGGUUUCUAUACUGAUUAGAGCUCUCAAGAACUGCCCUCAAUGUUGUGCUUUGCCUCUGGUCACUUCCUGUCAGCACCUGUGUGUCCAAUCAGACUCAAAGCUGAUCGUUUGCUCUUACUGACAUUGUUCCCUUUUUUCUAGAUCCUUGCUUGUGUUGUUCUUACUCUCUGAUGUACGUCGCUUUGGAUAAAAGAGUCUGAUAAGUGAAUUGUAGAAUUGGAUUAUUUAUAUCUGAAUUUACAUCAGACAGAGAAGCAGGCAUUAUUAACAUCAGGGAAUUGUUUCUGUUUUCUGUCUUUGAUGAGGCCGAUUGAGAUGCAGCCGUCUGCUUUUUGUGUACUUAAAUUUGUCUCUGACAACCUUCCAUUUUGUCACCCCUCUCUCUAAGCAGAUUAGCCACAAGUAAUUUGUCAAAAGUGGUAAGGUAGUGGUUGGUUCAAUUAAGAAAGCAUGACAUAAGCUGGGAUUUGGUGGGUAUAAAAGGUCAACAGCGAAUGCAGAGCUGCUGCUGCUCCGUCACACAAUGGGUCAAGCUGCUACAUUACCUUGUAGGAAAGGCGAGUCUUACGUUACAGAGCUGUACGAAUGGUUCAGAAAGUUUAUUAUUGAAUGUCCAAGUGGGCUGAUCACUCUGCAUGAGUUUCAAAGGCAUUUCUGCGAUGGCACUGUCGGCAGUGAGUCAGCUGAGUAUGCAGAGCAGUUAUUUCGCACACUGGACAAUAAUGGGGACGGGAUGGUUGAUUUCAGAGAGUAUGUCAUGGCCAUCAGCAUGCUUAUCGAAGGUUCAGCUGUGGAAAAGCUUCAAUGGUCAUUUAAGCUCUAUGACAAAGACGGGGACGGCGCCAUUACAAGAGAGGAAAUGCUGGACAUCAUGCAGGCUGUUUAUAAGAUGAGUGUCGCAGCAGCAUUAACUGAACCCAACCCGAUGACCGCUGAAGAAUGUACCAACAGGAUAUUUAUGCGACUAGAUAAAGACAAUAAUGCCAUUAUCAGUCUGGACGAGUUCAUAGAGGGAGCGCUGGAUGAUGAUUGGAUCAGGGAGAUGCUGGAAUGUGACCCCAGCACCGUGAAGGUUGAGAGGCCUCUGAGGAUGGACACAGCUUUGGGGACCCAUGGUUGACCUCAAAGUUUUGUGUUCAAUGGGAGCUGCAAGGAAGGAACCGGUCGAAGUUUGGACUGAUAUUUUCAGGAAUUGCUGCAGCAACAGAUCUUCCAAAUAAGUGUACGGCCUAAUGGGUAACCCCAAAGUAAAGGCUAUUCACUGGAGAGCACUUCUAAUUUAAGGCACUUUUUAAAUUGAAUUUGCACUUCUAUAAUAAGGAACUCAUUUAUGUAUUUUACCCUGUUUUGUUAUUUUGUUGGUGUUGCUGUAUCAGUUGAAGUAGUUUAUAUUUUUGUCUAUCUGCAUAUCUUUGAGUAAUAAAUCAUGAAACAGU